GACAGAGAUGACGCCAUGUGAACUCUUACACACUCUCAGAUGGACCUCAAGACUGAGCCAUUUGCAGUUUUCCAGUUGGGCAAAAGAUUGCUUAGUUAAGCAGGGUCUAACUACCCAGAAAGCAGAGGCCCUACUUGCCAGUGUAGUGAAGAAAACUAAUGAAGUGACAUACAAUGUCAGACUGGCAUCAAACUUCAUCAACUCACAGGUUGGAGAUAUUGUGUUUGUUGGCUCUGAGAAGAUUCUGCCCACUAAGGAACUACCAGGUUUCCACUCAAUAUUCAUAUUAGACUGUGUAGUGGCAAAGGUACAAGUGGAGCUAGACCAGGCCUUCACUAAAGCAAUGGGUGAUGUUGAUCCCCACCAGGUG